AUGAGCCUUGGCCAAGUAAAUCGACUCGUAUCCGAGUCCUUUUAUGCCCAAUCAGCGAGCGAGAACGGCGCGAACGUACGCGACGGCCUCGCGGAGGUUUCACUUGUACGUUGCGUGCGUGCUUGGGCGUUCAUUUUCGCAAACUUCCGCACUCACGCGCGUUCACAAGAGUUCCUCUACACGUUUCCCCACGAGUUCAUUUCGGGGACACACUGGGUCGCCAUCGAUUUCGCCAAGCACCAGAUUCAAACCGAGUUCGAGCACCUCCACCCUUUGUCCGAAGUUUUUCUUCAAAAACUUUCGAAGUCAGUGACGGCUUAUCCCACUCUUCUCUACCUCGUCCUUCAAGUCCCCAGCCCGAUCUUGUGCACCAACACCGAGAUGUACUAUUGGAUAAAGGAACACAAUACCCAUUCAAAUCCCCUUCUUACAGCUUUGCUUGCUGCUGCGAAUGCUACAGUAAAUUGCCCUUCCGGGUCCUCGGAGUUGGAUCCAACUUCACGAAGACGACCACAAUUUCGAGCUGGUGCUCUACCUUACUGGUCAGAUUCGGAAGUUAAUGCUUACGAUUCCUUGGACACCUUCAACGUUGCCCAACAGAACUCUAUUGGGGUCGUUGGUGGCGGUAAGGGAUACCCGUCCGCCAAUGUCGUAGCAGCGGCCGCGACAGCGGCUGCGAUGGCUUUGGCAGCUGUACAGUCUACAUCGAGAAGUCCCCCAACAAAGCCUGUGGAUGCACCUCUGGGAACACCAAUUUCAAUGGCAAACGUACAUUUGGACGAUCUAUCUAUUGGAGCUGCUGCAAUGCGGAGCUUAACUGGCCAGUUUGCAGAUACUUCGCUGUACUCACGUUUCCCAACCAAUGUUGACCAGAGGAAGUCUGUGAAUUUCGAUCCUACUUUAUUGCACAAGCAGGAUAUUUAUGGCACUUCUGGUGUAGACUUAUCGCAGUUUCCUCCUCAAACACAACAACCCACUUCAUUAAUGGAUAAAAAUCACCAGCGGAUGAAUCUUGUACCACAGUAUUUUCAAGAGCUUCCUGGAGGCCAUCUACGAUACUCUCUGGGCGAAGAAUCUAGCAUGUUUCAACAAUCUCAUAUCCUUCCUGAUACUUCUGUUGUAAGUAACCAAGAACGAGGCCUACCCUCUGGAAGUGUUGGAAGCAUAAGUUGCACCGGUCCAACUAUUCCUCGGCCACAACUUCCAUCUUCUUUGAACUCCUCUCAGUUUAACCUUCUCUGCAGCGAGCCCUAUCCCAGUCCUAAUCAGCCGCACCCUCCGAUCGUCCAACGCCAUUCCCCCAUCCAUGAGUCAUCCUCCCCUUCCACACGGUACCGUGGACCCGCGAACGCUGACGGGGGAGGAGGUGAGUGUGCCAGUAACUCCGGUGGAGGAGGGCUUCUCGUUGUCAACAUCAUUGCUGGUAGUGGCCUUAAAACCCCUCAAAUGCUUCUGCGUGAUCUCUAUUGUGUUUUGGAGACCGAUUCUGUCCGCAAGGCACGGUCCAUGAUCCGCACAAAUACAGAUUACUUUGAGUGGGACGAGGUCUUUGAAGUGGAGAUUGAAGAAUGUCGCUUCCUAUCAAUAUUAAUUUACCAAUGGGAUGCCCAUACUCGACAUCGACUUUGUUUUUAUGGUGGGAUCGACUUGACUGGCCUGAGUCAGCAGACUUUCAACGACUCUGCCAGUAAAGAACCGGAGGUGGUGGAAGGGACAGGCAAUGAAUGUCGCCCAUUGACGAGUCCUUUAAUUGAACGCGCAGGGAUGCACUUCGAAAAGAUUGCCCUUCAACUUGAACCUAGAGGUAUGCUAUACCUACAGUUAGGCUAUCUUCCGAUGAACGUACUGUAUAUGCGACGAAACUUGUCAACGGCCUAUGAAACUGCAUUUUUCGGAGUGAGUCUGGACGAGCUCAUGUACAGAAACCGGAUGCUUUCCAGUCUCGGCGUGAUUUCAGAUCCCGUGGUGCCACUAUUAAUACGCAAGUGUGUCGAGGAGGUGGAUAGGCGAGGCACGGAGGUAGUUGGGAUUUACCGGCUUUCGGGCUCUGUGUGGAUGAAACUACAGGUGAGGGACCUGUUUACACGGACUGCAGAGAAGAUCGCACAAGCGCUAGUGAAGCGGAACGAAAAGGCUUUAAGAGGAGCUAUUGCGGCUCUGGAUAUCUCUGCUGAUGUAGUGCCUGAUAUACACGCGAUCACCGCCACGUUAAAGGAUUUCUUCCGUGAGCUGCCCGAACCAUUAUUUACCAAUGCCCUCUAUCCAAUGGUCUACGAGGCGACCCAAGUCGCCGGUCCCGGAGACUCCCACAUGGGCACAAAACUCAUCCUCAACAUUUUAGACUGUCUUCCAACCUCCAAUCAAGAGGUUCUACUCUACUUACUGGACCAUUUGAAGCGAAUAACGAGUAAGUCGAUGGUGAAUAAGAUGAACUCACACAACCUGGCCAUCUGCCUGGCACCUUGCUUGCUUUACCCUUCCCCAUCGGCGGCUCGAGACAUGGAUGCCUCCCUGCUCGAGCACAGCAAGAUGGUCAGCAUUCUUGAAUGCAUUCUCGACAUUUGGCCAUGA